AUGGUCAGAGCAUCAGCGACUAUUUUAGCAGCACACAUGGAUGUUCCAUGGCUCUCACACCGUUUCACUGAUAAAAUACUAGUCCAACAUGGAGACACAGACACCUGAAUGCAGCAUCUCUAAAGUUCUCUCCUGUUCUCGUCACGUUCCAGCUCAGUUUGAAGUUAUUAUUCAGCUUUUCUCAUUUAUGCUUCCUCUUUUCAUGGAGCGAGGCUAACAGUUUCCUCUGCUUCCAGUCUUUCCGCAAAGUUUGUCGUACUGACCCAGUUCCGUCGGCUUCUGAACCAUAGUUGGACAACCUCAGGUAAAUGCUAGCUCACUCAGCUUAGUGUGGUUCGCUGUUGGUAACAAAUUGCAUUAAGAGUCUGGACCAAUUCUGCAGUGGAGAACGAGGAACUUUAUUCAAGCUGUGCAGCACACUGUACACACACUCAGCUUCUCCAGAACACACUUGGAUCUACUUCUCUGUUUGGACCAACACAUGCGCUGUGACUGCAGCUGCACCGUACACAUCGCCCUUGUUCAGCUUCAUUGUUCUUCUUCCUUCCUACUAGUGUUGGUCUGAACGAGCCGAGGCACCGAUUCACGUAUCAUGCACUGAAAGCAAUACCUCAGCCGAGCUGUAUCACUGAGCGUAUCGCUUUAAGAGAAGUCACGUGACCGACACAGUAACUGUGUCGUAUUGUAUCAUGUUGUAUCACGUGUCCUCGAGGCGCCAGUUCUACUUGAGGAAGUCCAGCACCCAUCGACUCACUUGUUGCUUCGACGCUGUUCAUUGCUAUGGAACCUCCGAGAAAGAGAAAGUACUCUGCCGUGUGGGAUCAUUUUGACCUUAUAUCACCUGAUAAGGUAAUUUCUUUGUACUUCGUUCCAAUUUAAAUGGCUGACAAAAUCUGUAGUGUAUAUUUUUAUGAUCCACAGGUUAAAUGUCGUCUGUGUUCAGCGGAGUUGUCUUAUGCAACCCGAAACACAUCAUCAAUGCUACGGCAUUAUAAAGCUCGUCAUGAAAGAGAAGACAAUACACCAGGAAUGGAUACUGCCUCUAGAAAACAGGCCCUCAAUCGAUGCAUUAUAAAUAUGAUAAUCAAAGAUUGCCAACCUUUAAGCAUCGUUGAGGACGAGGGAUUCAGGGAGAUGCUCCAGACUCUUGAGCCAUCAUACGCAAUACCAACCAGAAAGGUACUGUACUAUAUUUCCAUAAUAUUAUAUUGACAAUAUUUCAAUGGAAUUCUGGAUCUGUAAUAGACUCCGGUAGAGAAAUUAUUGGUGGUUUGCUAAUAAGAAAGGUACUAUAUGUCAGAAAUUGCACUUAUCAUUAGGAGUUUCAAUUAUUAUUGUUUGAAGAUUUUCUUCUACUUUACAGGCUCUAAAGGAAAUGGUUUCUGAGAGAUAUGCAGCAGAAACCCAGAACAUUAAGGAAAAAUUACACUCCACCAAUGCAAUCAGCCUUACAGCAGAUAUGUGGACUUCAGUAAACAUGGAGGCCUACUUGGCUGUGACUGGCCACUUCUUUGACACUGAAAAUAAAAUGUGCACCACUGUGCUGGGAGUUAAAUAUUUUCCCAAGAGCCACACAGCAGAGAAUAUUGCUGAGGUCACACAAGAUCUGAUUGACAGCUGGGCCAUCACAGGGAAGGUUGCACGCUUUGUAACUGAUGCCGGGGCAAAUAUGAUCGCGUCUGCAAGACUAUUAAAAAUCGGGCAUAGUCCUUGCAUCGCACAUACUUUAAAUUUGAUUGUUAAAAAAUCUUGCGAUCAAGUGUCAGACCUAACUGAUAUCCGACAUAAAACCAAAAACAUCGUCACCCAUUUUCGUUCCAGCACUCUUGCCAAGGAAAAGCUGAGUCACGUGCAGCAACAAAUGCAAAAACCAAUUCUGAAACUCAUAAAUGAAGUUCCUACACGCUGGAACAGCACAUACCAAAUGCUGUCAAGAAUAGCAAGCCAAAAAGAGCCUGUUUGGGUGAGUCUGGCAUCUUUAAAAACACCAUUGCCUGCACUUACUGGAGAGGAGCAUGACAUCAUUGCAGAAGUCCUGAUUGUGCUUGCCCCUUUUAAUGCUGCUACUGUGGAGCUUUCAGAGGAGAAGCGAGUGAGUGGGAGCAAAAUAAUCCCGAUGAUGAAAAUGCUUCAUCAUACAAUGCAAAAAUGUGCUCCAUCUCUGGAAACAUCAGUUGGAAAAAAACUGCGUCAUGAACUCGACAAAAGAGUAACCAAAACCUUGAACAAUUAUGAAUCUUCCAGUCAUCUGUCUCUGGCAACCUUAUUAGAUCCACGAUUUAAAGCCCUUGGAUUCUUAAAUGGGACCAAAAUAAAUGAUGCUGUGAAGAAACUAAAAUCUGAAUGUGCUGCAGAGAUGAGAAUUUCUGGGCCACCUUCGGCACCACAGGAAGAUCAGCCUGGCCCCUCAUCUCAUUUGCCAGCAUCUUCUAUGUCAAGUGUGUAUUUAUUUAUUCAAAAUGUUUUCGGGGUGAUAUAUUUACAUUUGAAGCUAAUCAUGUCUUGUUUUACAGACAACCUGUGGCAACAGCUGGACAUGGAGGUGGCCCGUACUCGAACAAGUACAAGUGUUGUGGCUGAUGCCAUGAUAGAAGUACAAAGAUACCUUUCAUCAGCAAACAUUCCCAGAACCGAAGAUCCACUGGAAUACUGGAAAUCUCAAAAGAAUACCUACCCACACUUAUUCAAACUGUCCCAAAAAUAUCUGUCUACUCCAGCCUCAUCAGCUCCUUGUGAACGAAUUUUCUCCAAAGCUGGAGAAAUUGCAUCCAAGAGAAGAAAUCGUUUGAGCCCAAACAUGCUUCAAAAACUUCUCUUUCUGAAUAAAAAUGUUUAAUGUUAUGGAAACUCA